AUGGUUGUUACCGAUCAAGGCGAUGCAACUGAUGUUACUGCAAAUGUCAAAACUGUCGCUAAUUUUGGAAUAGAUCCUAGUGAUCCUGUCUUGUAUAUAGCCGAUGGUGUGAUAAUUUUACAAAGUAAGUUUGCCCUAGACAUGCUUAAGGAAUAUGACUGCCUCUCCUACAGUAGCCUUUCUACACCUCUUGAUCCCAAUGAGAAGCUGAGGGCCAAAGAAGGAAGACCAUUGUCGGAUUCUGCAUAUUAUAGAAAACUUGAAGCAAAGUUAAACUUCCUUACAAACACCAGACUAGACAUAGCCUUCAGUAUACAAUAUCUCAGUCAAUUCAUACAGGAUCCCAAAGAACCACAUUUGAAGGUUGUCUUUCACCUGCUUAGCUAUUUGAAGAGUGAUCCCACUCUGGGAAUUUUUCUGUCCAAUGACUCUGAUUGUAGUCUGAAGGGUUACUGUGAUUCAGAUGGGGCAGCUUGCCCAGACUCUAGGAGAUCAGUUACUGGAUACCUAGUCCUACUGGGGAACAGUCCAAUUUGUUGGAAGUCCAAGAAACAAAAAACAGUUUCCUUGUCAUCUAUAGAAGCAUAA